UUUCUUAGUUCUUCCUGGUUGUCAAAUAUGAAUGAAUGGUUUUCAUCUUAAUUAUUACAAGUGACAGACAACCAUGUCUAUUAAAGUUAUAAUUCUCUUGUUAUUUUCUUGCCUUCUUCUCAGAAUUUCAGCUCAAACAGAAGCCGGAGCUCUAAUAAAAUGGAAAACCAGUUUAAAUUCUCAUUCUCUCACCUCAUGGUCUCUUACGAAUGGAAGCACCAACCCUUGUAAGUGGUCUGGUAUUAAAUGCGGCAGUUCAAACAGUGUUGUAGAGAUAAACCUCGAUAGUUCAGGUGUCGACGGAACGCUCGAUCACUUCAAUUUCUCAGUGUUUCCCGACCUUGUCUCUCUCAAUCUCAAUCUCAAUAAUCUGGUUGGUGAUAUCCCAACUCAAAUCGGGUCUCUUCCAAAACUUACUUAUCUUGAUCUGGGAAGUAACAACUUCACAGGAAAAAUGCCAUCAGAAAUCGGGAACCUCGUAGAGCUUCGUGUUCUUCGACUAACCAACAAUACUCUUACCGGACCAAUCCCGUAUCAGGUUUGCAACCUUCAGAAGUUACGGCAUCUUGAUUUAUCUGGAAACUUUUUAACAAAUCCAGAUCCAACUCGGUCUAAGGGCAGCAUGUCAUCAUUGACUCAUCUUGAUCUCAAUUACAUUUCUUUGGCAUCAGAAGUCCCACCUUUCAUCUUCAACAGCCCAAAACUAGUCUAUGUUGAUAUUUCAUACAAUCCUGACAUAGGAGGUCCAUUUCCAAUUCAGUUCAUCAAGACUUUGAAGAAUAUUCAGUUCCUUAAUCUGAUUGGUAAUUCUUUACAAGGACCAAUUCCAGCAGAAAUCGGAAACCUUACCAAACUUCAAGACCUGAGGCUGAGUCGAAAUCAGCUAAAUGGUUCAAUACCAUCCGAGAUUGGUCUGUUGGCCAACCUCAGAAUUCUUAAAUUGCAUAAAAAUCCAUUGGAAGGGCCAAUUCCAUCUUCUAUAGGAAACCUUAAGAUGCUGCAAACACUAAGCCUUGCAUAUGUCAACUUGAACUCCAGCAUCCCAGACGAGCUUGGCUUAUGCACCAAUCUUACCUUCCUGGAAUUAUCGUCGACCAAUCUACAAGGUACUCUUCCGCCUUCGAUGUCUUCCCUAAUCCAACUCACUGACUUUGCAAUCUCAAGUAAUCAAUUAUCUGGUGAGAUUCAACCAUAUUUACUGUCCAAUUGGACCCAACUAGUUUCCCUUCAACUUCAAGGUAACUUCUUCACAGGAACUAUUCCGACUGAAGUCGGUUUGUUGAGAAACCUCAAUGUGCUAUACAUGCACAAGAAUAAAUUAUCAGGUCCCAUACCUUCAGAGAUUGGAAACUUGUCGAAUCUGAUCGAGCUCGACUUAUCUGAGAAUUUUAUUAAUGGCUCAAUUCCAUCAAGUUUAGUAAACUUAACUAUGCUUGAAGCCGUGCAGUUCCACACCAACCGACUCAGUGGAGUGCUUCCUGGAGAAAUAGGUAACAUGGAGAGCUUGAUGAUUUUCGACGUGAGCAUGAACAAAUUGCAAGGAGAGUUGCCUUCAUCAAUAACUCAGCUGCAGAAGUUAAUACUCUUUCAUCUCCAUACCAACAAAUUUACUGGUAGUAUCCCCGAAGAGUUUGGUCCCGGGUCUUUAAAAAAUGCAAUCUUCUCUUACAACAAUUUCACCGGAAAGCUUCCUCCCAACAUUUGCAUAGGAGGGAACCUUGUAUACUUGGCAGCCAACAAAAAUAAUCUAGACGGACCAAUUCCUGAAAGCUUUAGAAACUGCGCAAAAUUAUACAGAGUUCGGCUCGAGGACAACCUUCUUGAAGGAGACAUCACAGAUGCAUUUGGUGUUUACCCAGUUCUGGAAUUCAUUGACUUGAGUAGAAACCAGUUAUCGGGUGAAUUGUCACCGAACUGGGGAGCAUGCACCCAGCUUUCGUACUUCAGAAUCUCGGAGAACAUGAUUUCAGGUGAAUUCCCACCAGCUAUCGCAAGCUUAAAAUCUCUGGAAGAUAUUAGCCUUUCUUCAAAUAAAUUGUCAGGUCAGAUUCCAGCGGAUAUGUUCAAGUCAGAUUCAGUUAUAUUCAAUCUAAAUCUGAGCAGAAAUAAGUUCUCAGGUCAGAUACCCAUAGAGGUUGGGAAAUUAGCACGUCUGCGAAAUUUGGAUUUGUCCGUAAACAAUCUCAGUGGGCAUAUACCUGGGGAAAUUGGGGACUGCAAAGACAUGAUAUCCUUGAAACUCAAUGGCAACAGGUUAAAUGGACCAAUUCCAUACCAGGUUGGGAAUCUGGGGGCUUUGCAGUCUGAAUUUGAUCUCAGCCAAAAUGAACUCAGUGGAGAGAUAUCACAACAGCUUGGGAAUUUAAGAAAUUUGGAGAGCUUGAAUCUUUCUAACAACAAGCUAUCUGGUUCAAUACCCUCUUCUAUACAGGGUAUGUUAAGUCUUACAUCUAUUGAUCUUUCACAUAACGAACUUGAGGGCCCAGUUCCAGAUGUAAAAGCAAUCGAAAAAGAUCCUGUCAGAGCCGUAGGAGGUAAUCAAGGUCUGUGCAGCAAUGAAUUCAAGGGUUUGAGCCCUUGUAGAAGUACACCAUCAUCAGAUAACCGCGGAAAAAUCAAUAAAUGGAAAUCGAUAAUUUCGGUAGUUGUUCCAGUUGCAGUAUCACUGGUGAUUCUGUUCGGAAUUUUCUGCUGCUGUCAUAACCGCAAAGGUGGCUCAUAUGAAGAAGAAAAACUAGAUUCAGGUGGUGGAAGAUUAUUCUCAGUGUGGAACUACAAUGGAAACGUGGUGUUCAAGGAUAUUGUAAAGGCAACAGAGAAUUUCAAUGACAAGUACUGCAUAGGCAAAGGUGGACAAGGAAGUGUAUACAAAGCAACCCUUGAAAAUGACAUAAUUCUUGCUGUAAAGCGCUUCCAUGAUGCAUCGUCAUCAUCCAGUGAAUAUGCAUCCUCAGAGGCUACGCGCUACAAGAGUUUUGAAUCUGAAGUAAAUGCACUGACAAACAUACGGCAUCGAAAUAUUGUGAAAAUGUACGGUUUCUCUUCGACCAAGGGAUGCAUGUUUUUGGUAUAUGAAUAUGUGGAGAGGGGUAGUUUGGCAAAUGUGUUGUAUAAUGAGAAUGAGGCAAAGAUGUUGGACUGGUCAAUGCGGUUUAAGAUCAUCAAAGGUGUGGCGCAGGCCUUGUCUUACUUGCACCAUGACUGCACCCCGCCUAUUGUGCACCGAGACAUAACCGGAAAUAACAUUUUACUGAACCCGGAAUAUGAAGCUAAGGUCUCAGACUUUGGGACCGCAAGGUUGCUGAAACCAGAUGAGUCUAACUGGACAGUACCAGUCGGCUCCUAUGGCUACAUCGCUCCAGAGCUUGCAUCUACAAUGAAGGUGACAGAGAAAUGCGACGUAUACAGUUUUGGAGUUGUUUCAUUGGAAGUCUUAUUCGGGAAACAUCCUGGGGAAUUCCUUUUGCACUUGCAAUCUGAAGGACAUGAUCUAUUUCUAGUGGAUGCAUUAGACAAGCACUUAACUCUCCCAACUGGAAUAAUUGCAGAUGAAUUGGUGUUAAUAGUUACCCUUGCUUUGGCAUGUACGCGUAUAUCUCCAAAUUCUAGACCAACCAUGGAUUUUGUAAAUCGUGAGCUGACAACAAAUACAGUUCUUCCUUUGGAUGAGAAUUUUCACUUGCUCACGUUGCAGAAACUAAUGAAGGUUUAUUAAUGUAAGCAAACUUGCUCUUAUAGAAAUAUGAAAGCUUGCUCUAUGUUUAUUAAUGUAUUAGAAACUCAAAACCCCACCAAUCAUCCUUAGAGUUGGAAGUAGGUAAGGUGUCCGAUGAUUCG